AUGCAGAAGAGGGACCGGGAGAAGGAACAGAACGGCAAGGAUGACAAGCGCGGCGGAAAGUCCACCGGAUCGAGGGCAAUGCAUUCAGCAGUCGCUGGACGACAUGGCUUGUCAUCGUCAGCCAACUCCAGUGUGCUCAUGGUCGGCCCGAAUUUCCGCGUUGGCAAGAAGAUCGGCUGUGGAAAUUUCGGGGAACUGAGACUCGGAAAAAACUUAUACACAAACGAACAUGUGGCAAUAAAAAUGGAGCCAAUGAAAUCCAAAGCGCCUCAAUUGCAUUUGGAAUAUCGCUUUUAUAAAUUACUUGGAUCUCAUGCUCCUGCUUUCUUCUCAGAUGGCAUACCAGAAGUAUUUUUUUUUGGUCCUUGCGGCAAGUAUAAUGCUUUAGUCAUGGAACUCCUUGGUCCCAGUCUUGAGGAUUUAUUUGAUAUGUGUGGGCGUGAGUUUUCGCUCAAAACUGUUCUCAUGAUUGCCACUCAAUUGUUGCACAGGAUAGAAUAUGUUCAUGGCCGACAUCUUAUAUAUAGAGAUGUUAAACCAGAAAACUUUCUCAUUGGUCGUACUUCAACGAAAAAAGAUAAAACUAUUCAUAUUAUAGAUUUUGGUUUAGCUAAAGAAUACAUAGAUUUAGAAACAAAUAAACAUAUACCAUACCGGGAACAUAAAAGUUUAACUGGUACAGCAAGAUAUAUGAGCAUAAACACACAUUUAGGAAAAGAACAAAGUCGGCGAGAUGAUUUAGAAGCUCUUGGACAUAUGUUUAUGUACUUUUUACGAGGUUCAUUACCAUGGCAAGGUUUAAAAGCUGAUACUCUUAAAGAAAGAUAUCAAAAAAUUGGUGAUACAAAACGAGCCACUCCUAUAGAAGCUUUGUGUGAUGGAUAUCCCGAGGAAAUGGCCCAGUAUUUACGUUAUGUUAGACGAUUGGAUUUCUUUGAGACACCAGACUAUGAAUAUUUGCGUACAUUAUUCAAAAAUUUAUUUGAGAAAAAAGGUUAUGUUAACGACUCUGAAUUUGAUUGGACGGGCAAAACAAUGUGCACAUUAGUUGGUUCCAUUCAGUCCAGCCAAGAAGUUAUUUUAUCACCAAACAGAGAAAGACAAGUUGCAGGCAACAAGUCUGGAACAAAAGGUUGGCAAGAUGGGUCAAAGCUUCCAGGUCACACAUUAGGAAACUUAACCCCCGCUGAUCGUCAUGGAAGUGUUCAAGUAGUAAGCUCGACUAAUGGUGAAUUGGCAAAUGAUGAUCCAACUGCCGGCCAUUCCAAUACUCCUAUUACAGCACAAGCUGAAACAGAAAUUGUUGAUGAUACUAAAUGUUGUUGUUUUUUUAAACGUAAAAAGAAGAAAACUCCUCGUCCUAAGUGA